GCGAUGUUCUGUGAACUACACAACAAAUUGCUAAAUAAGCUAAAGCUAGGCUAACUAGCUGCAAUGUAGUGAUAUGUUAUCAAGGUUACAACAAGUUUUAAAAAAGGCGCUUUUGGAGUAACUGGGACAUGGAGUUAAGAAAUAUCAAGGACCAGUCUCCACUGGUCCAGGCCAUAUUCAACCGAGAUGCAGAGGAUGUAACAUUUUUGUUGAACCACAACGAAGAUGUCAAUGCACAGGACCAAGACCAAAGCACACCACUUCAUGCUGCUGCUUAUUUGGGAGAUGUUCCUAUCAUGGAGCUGCUCAUUAGUUCAGGUGCAAAUGUUAAUGCUAAGGACCAGGGGAUGCUUACUCCUUUACAUCGUGCAGCUGCCUCAAGAAAUGAAAGGGCCGUGGAGCUGCUGCUUAUGCACAGAGCAGAGGUCAAUGUAAAGGACAAAUUUUGGCACACACCCUUACACAUGGCGGCUGCAAACUGGGCCACAAGCUGCGCCAUGGCCCUGAUACCACAUGUUUGCAGCCUGGAUGUUACUGAUAGAUCAGGAAGGACGCCACUACAUCAUGCAGCACACAGUGGUCACAGAGAGAUGGUGAACUUGUUCCUGUCUAAAGGUGCCAAUGCAAAUGCCAAAGAUAAGAAAGAAAGGCAGCCAAUUCACUGGGCUGCACACCUCGGUUAUGUGGACGUCGUGAAGCUACUGGUGGCUCACAGUGGAGACUUGAUGUGCAAGGACAAGUGUGGGUACACUCCGCUCCAUGUUGCAGCUGCCAUUGGACAGUUAGAUGUGAUCAUGUAUCUGUUGGGACUUGGGGUGGAGACUGAUGAACCCAACAUUUUUGGGAACACAGCACUUCACAUGGCCUGUCAAAUGGGGCAGGACACUGUGGCCACUGAACUGGUAAACUGUGGUGCCAACAUCAACCAGCCCAACUACCAUGGCAACACACCACUACAUCUGGCUGCUGCUUCAUCCAGCGGGGCGCUAUGUCUUGAACUCCUUGUCAGCAAUGGUGCUGAUGUCAACAUCCAGAAUAAAAACGGGAAGAGCCCUUUACAUAUGGCUGCAAUGCAUGGGCGCUUCACAUGCUCCCAGAUUCUGAUCCAAAAUGGUGGGGAUAUUGAUAGUGCUGACAUGAAUGGAAACACUCCCCUUCAUGUUGCUGCCAGAUUUGGUCAGGAGUUGCUGAUCAGUACUCUGCUGACGAACGGUGCAGAUAAAAGCAGACAGGGGAUUCAUGGGAUGCUUCCACUACAUUUGGCAGCACUUUAUGGCUUUCCAGACUGCUGUCGCAAGUUACUGUCUAAUGGCCACUUUUACAACAUCAUGCCCGCUCUUACAUGCGGCCAAAUACCAGCAUUGGGAUUUGAUAUUAACCUCUCAGAUGAUCAUGGGAGAACCUGCCUGCAUGCCGCUGCCUCUGGAGGAAAUGUUGAGUGCCUAACUUUGUUAUUAAAUAUUGGUGCUGAACUGGAUAUAAAAGACAAUUUGGGAAGAUCUCCUCUGCACUACGCUGCAGCAAAUGGGAACAGCCAAUGCACAAUCUCCCUGGUUAGAGCCAGAGCAGAAGUCAAUGAGGCGGAUCUGACGGGCUGCAGCCCUCUGCACUAUGCUGCUGCUGCACAUACCUUCUGCAGGGCAGGAACAAACUUCGAGUCAGACCUCAGUGUGGAAAAAGAAAAAGAAGCUUCUCUGUGUUUAGACUACUUGCUUGACAACGGAGCAAAUCCGACUCUAAAGAACAGCAGAGGUUACAGCGCCGUCCACUAUGCAGCAGCUUAUGGGAACAAACAGCAUCUGGAACUGCUUUUGGAGAUUUCUUUUAACUGUCUUGAAGAAGUUGAAAGUAAUAUUCCAGUCAGUCCUUUGCAUUUAGCUGCAUAUUACGGUCAUUGUGAUGCGCUUCAUUUGCUCUGUGAGACUUUAGUUAGUCUCGAUGUGCGGGACAUUGAAGGCCAGACUGCGCUCCACCUGGCCACUCAGAGAGGCUUUUCCCCAUGUGUGGAGGUUCUGUUGGCGCAUCACGCUUCCUACACACUGAGGGAUCACAAGCACAAGUGGACAGCUCUGCAUGCUGCUGGUAUGUGUGGAUCAGUGGCUGCUGAGGGCCAAGUGGACUGUCUGCUUCUAUUGGUCAACAAGGAACACAGUGCAGACAUCAUUGACAGUCAGGACACACAGGGACAGACGGCUCUCAUGCUUGCAGCUCUGGGACGUCACACUGACUGCGUCUACAUCCUAUUGGAGAAAAAAGCGAAGGCUGAUGCUGCAGAUAAGCAGGGCUUUACUGCACUGCACAGAGCUGCCAUGCUGGGCAGUGAGGACUGUGUAUCCGCUCUGUUGGAACAUGGGGCUUCUGCUUUGUGCAGAGACUCUCAGGGGAGGACACCACUGCACUUUGCAGCUUCCUGUGGUCACACAAAGCUACUCCACACUUUGCUAAAGGCUGCUAAGAAAGCUGACCCUCUGGACUCCAUGCUGGACUUCAGCGGCUACACGCCCACACACUGGGCUGCCUACCACGGUCAUGAAGGAUGUUUACACAUUUUACUUGAAAACAAAAUUUUUAGCAACCAGGAAGGAAAUAUGUUCACUCCUUUGCACUGUGCUUUAGUCAGUGGACAUGAUGCUGCUGCUGGGCUUUUGGUGGAAACUAUAGGCCCUCAAAUUGUGCAUAUUAAAGAUGCCAAAGGAAGGACUCCACUGCAUGCAGCUGCUUAUUCAGGAAGUGUUGCUGGGCUCCAGCUGGUUCUGGCCCAGGGGACGGAUGUCAACUCUGUGGACCACUUUGGAUGCUCGGCAGUGAUGAUUGCUGCUGACUGUGGGCAAAGCAUGGCUGUUGAGUUCUUGCUGCACAAGGUGAAGCCAGAUCUGACCCUAGUGGAUGCUAAUAACAACACCGCACUUCACUUAGCCUGCAGCAAGGGUCAUGAGAUGUGUGCUCUGUUGAUCCUUGGAGAGAUCACUGACUCGUCCCUAAUCAAUGCAAGAAACAACACUCUACAGAUGCCUCUUCACAUUGCAGCAAGAAAAGGAUUGGCCACGGUAGUGCAGGUGUUACUGAGCAGAGGAGCAGCCGUCAUGGCUGUAGAUGAGGAAGGCCGCACACCAGCUCUGGCCUGCGCCCCAAACAAAAACGUAGCAGACUGUCUGGCUCUGAUCCUGUCUACCAUGAAGCCUUUUCCUCCCAGAGAAGCUGACACAAGCACAGCCUCCCAUUUCAACUGCAUCCUGAAAAAUUGUGGUAUUUCCGCCACCUGCGGGUCCAGUGGAAACUUGUGUCAUGCCUAAGUCAAGGACCAUACAGACACUAUUGGUCUGGCAGAGUGAAAUUUCAUUUAGCUGAAAGUCAUGAACGUGUGUCAUGCUGCUGCUACCCAUAAAGCUUAUACUAAUGCACACUUAGCAAUGAUUGCUUCCCUUAAAUCUAGUCUUAAAAUACUAAUAAUAGCAUUAGGCUAUCUUGUCUGUUACAAUUUAUUAAGUACUAACUAUGAUAACGACUUAAAGUUUAACCCUCUUUAACCCUGUCCAAUUUAAAUUUUAACCCCUUGUUUUUUGGUAAGCUCUUCUUAAGGAAAAUUUAGUAUUUUUUGGUCGCCUGAGCCCUUUAUCCCUUUUAUUUGGGUGUAAUUUAUUGACAGCUGCUAUUUCCACCACUAAAUCACUACACUAUAUUAACACAGGGCAAAUAUGAGAAAAUAAGAGUGUUUUUUGUAGAUGAUGCUUAGAUAAGUGUCUGACAACACUGUGGAAAGGCUACACAGACAUUUUUGUUUUUGACACGUCAUCUCAAUUUUAACUUUGUGUAUAAGUAGCCUCUAAACUCCAUGCCAGCUAAAAUAUUUGUCUGAUUUUCUACUAUUUGGAUAUUACAGUUGAAUUUGAUGAUAGUAAGAAAAUUGUUGUAUUCCCCUCAAAAACGUUCUACUUGAGUUUACUAUUGUAAACAGCUUUAAUCAACACAAGAAGAAGAACUGAUGCAGUUCUGCCCUUCGCUGUUCUUAGUGUUGAAAUUGAUGGACAUCUGUAUACAGCAUUUGAACCACAGUAGACUAAAGAAGAUUUUCUAAAAAUUAAGUGGGGAUAAAACUAAAAUGGAAAUAGCCACAGGCAGCUAAAAUGACCUACACACAGUAAAACCAAAAAUAUGAAGUCUCUACUCUUCUUCAUUCACUUCUUUUGAUUUGCAGUAGAGAUAAAUAACAAACAUGACACAGAUCUUUUUGCUGCGGGUUGCUGAGUUGUUCACUUUCGUUUUCAGGGUCUGAUUCGGGCUCGAAGAUGUAUGGCUGUAUGUUUUGUGUUGACAUUGUUUACUGGGUAUGAAUAUUACCUCGGUUUGUUUACGAGCUCUGCCGAUGUUUCUAUGACAAAAAAAGUUGACGUGACAAACUACUCCUGGCAGUUAACCAAUCAGGGGCUGCCCGGAUCAGGGGGAGUCAUGCUGGAUAGAUUCCUGCCUUUGUUGGCUCACAUAUUAAAAUAAAUUAGCCUGAAAUGAACAUAAUAGACCUACUUUAAAUAGCUGAAAAUUAUGCCUUUGUAAACUAUAUCUAAAUUUAAUUAAUGGCAUUUUUUUAGAUAGAGGAACCAUGGAAUCACUUGUUCUUGAGGGGGAAAAAAUAUGGAAUCAUGAACCCAAAAAAUUGUGGUGUAGCCCUUCCUCUUAGGAGUUAUUACUCCAGUAUGCAAGACUUUGCAUGUCAACACCUCUUACAUGAAUAUGUGUGAACAUUCAUUUGUAGAACAACAAGCCACAACUUCGCCUGUCUUAGCCUCCCAAAGGUGUUGUAAGAAAGUUUUGUGAUUUAUGACUUUGUCAUUUUAAGGUUGGCAAUCACAGCAUUCUUGCUCAAUCUGAGUCUGAUUACAUUAAUUUCUGUGCAAAUCAGUAGCUUACACACAAAAUAAAAGGGAAGACAAUGCCAGGUUGAAAAAUCCUGGGUGGCUAAUUUUCCGUUAGCCAUCAAAAUCUAAAGCUAAUCUCAGCUAUGCAAUGGAUGUUCGUAGAAUUGCCUCUUCACAUAGAUUUUCAGAAUAUCUAACAGAUGCCAUAAGCCUUCUAUGCAAUUAAUAACACAAUUUGCUUAUCCUGCCUCGGGUGCAGCAAACACUGCACUUAUGUAAUAACCUUAUUACUCUGUUACCUUAAUUUACAUUUAAUUUCAGUUUAUAAAAAAAUCACUAAUGUGGCUAUAGCUCUAAUCAUAUAUUUCAGAGUCUUGUGUAUUUAUGAAGUUUUUAAAAUGAAGUUAACUUUUACCUGUGUUAUCUAUAAAAUCCAGAAAUAUUGAUAAUUAACCUCAGGUCAGUUUGUACUGUACUGUAAGUGCAAUAAGAAGCACAUCUUAAGCUGGAUGUUGCAUAUUUAGUGUAAUGUAUCAGAGAAGUAUCA